CUUGUUCUUGGUGGACUACUUUCGGAAUCUCAUCAGACAUAUCAACCUGCCUUUGACUCUGAGCAACAGCAUUAAUAUCACAGAUAUUGACAUGAAUACUGUGUGUGGGUUAAAUGGAACAGAAUAUGAGUGCAAGUGUGAGGAGAAUCACGUUUGGCCCAAUGACACCUGCAGGGCCUAUCAGGUGUGUGAUGGUAUUGUGGGAGGCACUUGUGGAUGUAUUCAAGCUCUCCCUUCAGAGGGUCCGCUUUGCCAGAGAGACAUCAAUGAAUGUGAAGAUGCAGUGUCAGUGUGUGGUCAAUACUCAGAUUGUAUUAACAUCAUUGGGAGUCACAUGUGUUCAUGCUGGAGUGGAUUUAAUUUCUCCAAUAAAGACGGUCCUGUCAGCCGUGACAACUCAUGUCAUGAUAUAAAUGAAUGUCUGUUCAGUCCAUCUGUAUGUGGUCCAGAUUCUAACUGCACAAAUGAAAUUGGAAGUUACAAUUGCUCAUGUCUGGAUGGAUUCACUGCAACAAACUCAAGUCUCACCAUCAGCAUCAAUAACACAUGUAGAGAUGUGAAUGAAUGUGCUGAGAUAUCAGACAUCUGUGGUCCAAACUCAAUCUGCAACAACACUAUUGGGAGUUACAAUUGUUCAUGCAUGAAUGGAUAUAAUGUAACAGACCCAAACCUCCCUAUAAACAAUAAUAACCCAUGCAAAGAUAUUCAUGAAUGUCUUGACUCAGAAUCAGUGUGUGGCCCUAACUCUCACUGUUACAAUUACAACGGAAGCUUCUCAUGCUUUUGUUGGGGUGGAUAUAAUGUCUCAGAUGGAAAUAAAGCUAUUAGUAAAGGCAACCCAUGCACUGAUAUCGAUGAAUGCUUGUUCAGUCCAUCUGUAUGUGGUCCAGAUUCCAACUGCACAAAUGAAAUGGGAAGUUACAAUUGCUCAUGUCUGGAUGGAUUUACUGCAACAAACUCAAGUCUCACCAUCAGCAUCAAUAACACAUGUACAGAUAUAGAUGAAUGUCUGUUCAGUCUGUCUGUAUGUGGUCCAGAUUCCAACUGCACAAAUGAAAUUGGAAGAUACAGUUGCUCAUGUCUGGAUGGAUUCACUGCAACAAACUCAAGUCUCACCAUCAGCAUCAAUAACACAUGUAGAGAUAUAAAUGAAUGUCUGUUCAGUCCAUCUGUAUGUGGUCCAGAUUCCAACUGCACAAAUGAAAUGGGAAGUUAUAAUUGCUCAUGUCUGGAUGGAUUCACUGCAACAAACUCAAGUCUCCACAUCAGCAUCAAUAACACAUGUAGAGAUGUGAAUGAAUGUGUUGAGAUAUCAGACGUCUGUGGUCCAAACUCAAUCUGCAACAACACUGUUGGGAGUUACAAUUGUUCAUGCAUGAGUGGAUAUAAUGUAACAGACACAAACCUCCCUAUAAACAAUAAUAACCCAUGCAAAGAUAUUCAUGAAUGUCUUGACUCGGCAUCAGUGUGUGGACUAAACUCUUACUGUUACAAUUACAACGGAAGCUUCUCAUGCUUUUGUUGGGAAGGAUAUAAUGUCUCAGAUGUAAAUAAAGAUAUUUCCAAAAGAAAUCCAUGCAUCGAUAUAAAUGAAUGUCUGUUCAGUCCAUCUGUAUGUGGUCCAAAUGCCAACUGCACAAAUGAAAUUGGAAGUUAUAAUUGCUCAUGUCUGGAUGGAUUCACUGCAACAACCUCAAGUCUCCCCAUCAGCAUCAAUAACACAUGUAGAGAUGUGAAUGAAUGUGUUGAGAUAUCAGACAUCUGUGGUCCAAACUCAAUCUGCAACAACACUGUUGGAAGUCAUAAUUGCUCGUGCAUGAGUGGAUAUAAUGUAACAGACCCAAACCUCUCUAUAAACAGCAAUAACACAUGCAAAGAUGUAGAUGAAUGUUUGUUCAGUCCAUCCGUAUGUGGUCCAGAUUCCAACUGCACAAAUGAAAUGGGAAGUUAUAAUUGCUCAUGUCUGGAUGGAUUCACUGCAACAAACUCAAGUCUCACCAUCAGCAUCAAUAACACAUGUAGAGAUAUAAAUGAAUGUCUGUUCAGUCCAUCUGUAUGUGGUCCAGAUUCCAACUGCACAAAUGAAAUGGGAAGUUAUAAUUGUUCAUGUCUGGAUGGAUUCACUGCAACAAACUCAAGUCUCCCCAUCAGCAUCAAUAACACAUGUAGAGAUAUAAAUGAAUGUCUGUUCAGUCCAUCUGUAUGUGGUCCAGAUUCCAACUGCACAAAUGAAAUUGGAAGUUACAAUUGUUCAUGUCUGAAUGGAUUCACUGUAACAAACUCAAGUCUCCUCAUCAGCAUCAAUAACUCAUGUAGAGAUGUGAAUGAAUGUAUUGAGAUAUCAGACGUCUGUGGCCCAAACUCAAUCUGCAACAACACUGUUGGGAGUUACAAUUGUUCAUGCAUGAGUGGAUAUAAUGUAACAGACACAAACCUCCCUAUAAACAAUAAUAACCCAUGCAAAGAUAUUCAUGAAUGUCUUGACUCAGUAUCAGUGUGUGGACUAAACUCUCACUGUUACAAUUACAACGGAAGCUUCUCAUGCUUUUGUUGGGAAGGAUAUAAUGUCUCGGAUGUAAAUAAAGAUAUUUCUAAAAGUAAUCCAUGCAUCGAUAUAAAUGAAUGUCUGUUCAGUCCAUCUGCAUGUGGUCCAGAUUCCAACUGCACAAAUGAAAUGGGAAGUUACAAUUGCUCAUGUCUGGGUGGAUUCACUGCAACAAACUCAAGUCUCCUCAUCAGCAUCAAUAACACAUGUAGAGAUGUGAAUGAAUGUGUUGAGAUAUCAGACGUCUGUGGUCCAAACUCAAUCUGCAACAACACUGUUGGGAGUCACAAUUGCUUGUGCAUGAGUGGAUAUAAUGUAACAGACCCAAACCUCCCUAUAAACAAUAAUAACCCAUGCAAAGAUAUUCAUGAAUGUCUUGACUCGGUAUCAGUGUGUGGACUAAACUCUCACUGUUACAAUUACAACGGAAGCUUCUCAUGCUUUUGUUGGGAAGGAUAUUAUGUCUCAGAUGUAAAUAAAGAUAUUUCCAAAAGUAAUCCAUGCAUCGAUAUAAAUGAAUGUCUGUUCAGUCCAUCUGUAUGUGGUCCAAAUGCCAACUGCACAAAUGAAAUUGGAAGUUAUAAUUGCUCAUGUCUGGAUGGAUUCACUGCAGCAAACUCAAGUCUCUCCAUCAGCAUCAAUAACACAUGCAAAGAUGUGAAUGAAUGUGUUGAGAUAUCAGACGUCUGUGGUCCAAACUCAAUCUGCAACAACACUGUUGGGAGUUACAAUUGCUCGUGCAUGAGUGGAUAUAAUGUAACAGACCCAAACCUCCCUAUAAACAAUGAUAACCCAUGCAAAGAUAUUCAUGAAUGUCUUGACUCAGAAUCAGUGUGUGGCCCUAACUCUCACUGUUACAAUUACAAUGGAAGCUUCUCAUGCUUUUGUUGGGGUGGAUAUAAUGUCUCAGAUGGAAAUAAAGCUAUUAGUAAAGGCAACCCAUGCACUGAUAUUGAUGAAUGUUUGUUCAGUCCAUCUGUAUGUGGUCCAAAUGCCAACUGCACAAAUGAAAUGGGAAGUUAUAAUUGCUCAUGUCUGGAUGGAUUCACUGCAACAAACUCAAAUCUCCCCAUCACAAUCGAUAACACAUGUAGAGAUGUGAAUGAAUGUGUUGAGAUAUCAGACGUCUGUGGUCCAAACUCAAUCUGCAACAACACUGUUGGGAGUUACAAUUGUUCAUGCAUGAGUGGAUAUAAUGUAACAGACACAAACCUCCCUAUAAACAGCAAUAACACAUGCAAAGUACCACCAACAACAGCUGUAACAAUACCUACACUUACAACAACAGUACCACCAACAACAGCUGUAACAAUACCUACACUUACAACAACAGGUAUGUUCUAUUAA